GGCUGUUGGGAUUUAAUGGAGAAGAGAGAACGCACGCUUUACCGGUGAGUUUUAUAUGUAAAUGUGUGAAAGUAGUAGUACGAAUGGAAGGAAAAGUUCCUGUCGUUGGCAUUGAUUUAGGGACAUCAUUUUCGUGUGUAGGGGUUUUCCGGAAUGGAAAAGUGGAUAUUAUUGCUAAUGACCAAGGCAACAGAACCACUCCAAGUUAUGUCGCUUUUACACAUACCGGCCGUCUGAUUGGCGAUGGAGCUAAAAGCCAAGUAACUAUGAACGCCGGGAAUACGGUAUUUGAUGUCAAAAGACUAAUCGGACGCAGGUUUACUGACGAAAGCGUGCUUGCAAACAUGAAACAUUGGCCGUUUAAAGUCGUCGACGAUGAAGGUAAACCGAAAGUAGAAGUUGAAUACAAAGGGGAAAUUACGAGAUUCACACCAGAAGAAAUCAGUUCAAUGGUGCUUGUUAAAAUGAAGAAAACAGCUGAAACAUUUCUAGGAGAACGCGUUCAAGAGGCCGUCAUAACCGUGCCAGCCUACUUCAAUAAUGCUCAAAGGGAAGCCACCAAAAAUGCUGGAACUAUUGCUGGUCUGCAUGUGCUCCGAAUCAUAAAUGAGCCAACAGCUGCAGCUUUAGCCUUUGGCCUAGAGAAGAACAUAACUGGAGAGAAGAAUGUAAUGGUAUAUGACUUAGGUGGGGGAACGUUUGAUGUCUCAAUUUUAACAAUAGAUGAGGGUUCUGUUUUUGAAGUGCUAUCAACUGCUGGUGACACACAAUUAGGUGGUGAAGAUUUUGACAACUUAAUGGUAACUCAUUUUGUUGAAGAAUUUAAACGAAAAUACGGAAAGAAUAUUUCUGGAAACAGUCGGUCACUCAGACGUCUGAAGACUGCAUGUGAGCGAGCAAAACGAAUUCUCUCUAGUAGUUCAGAGACCAGUAUUGAACUAGAUGCACUGUAUGAGGGUAUUGACUUUUAUAGUAAACUUUCUCGUGUAACCUUUGAGGAACUCUGUAGCAAAUUGUUCUUCAAGACCCUGGAACCUGUGAAGAAAGCAUUAUUUGAUGCUGAAUUGGAGCCAUCUCAAAUUCAGGAAGUGGUUUUGGUAGGAGGAUCAACCAGAAUUCCUAAAAUUCAGACAAUUUUACAGAACUUCAUGAAAGUUAAAGUAUUGAAUAGGUCAGUGAACAUUGAUGAAGCUGUGGCUUAUGGAGCUGCUGUUCAAGCUGCCAUUCUGAAAGGAGAACGAAGUGGAAUAGUAAAAGACGUAUUGUUGGUGGACGUCACCCCUUAUUCUUUGGGCAUUGAAACGGCAGGAGGAUUCAUGGACAAAGUCAUAAACUGCAAUACCAAGAUUCCAGCAGCAGCCUCCCAGGUAUUCACAACAUUCUAUAACAACCAGCCAAGUGUCACUAUUCAAGUGUUUGCAGGUGAGUUUGCCAUGACCAGAGACAAUAAUAUUGUUGGCACUUUUGAGCUUAAUGGGAUUCCUCCAGCUUUCUGUGGAGUUCCACAAAUUGAGGUCAAUUUUGAUGUCGAUGCCAAUGGAAUUGUGAAUGUGACUGCUCGAGACAGAGACACAGGAAAAUCAAACCAGAUUACUGUUUCUAAAGACAAACUUAGUCCUGAUGAAUUAAAUAGUAUGAAAAAUAAAGCCAUGAAGUAUCAAGAAGAGGAUGAACUGGAAGGUCAGAGGGUAGAACAUAAGAACCACUUGGAGUCGUAUUUAAUCUUUGUUCAGAAAUGUGCACAGUUUGCAGAAGAGGCAUUAGAUGAUCGAGAGCUGCAAUCUCUGUCUUUAUUAUGCAAUAAAACAUUUUCAUGGCUAGACCAUAACAGUGGGGCUGCACUUUUUGAACUUGAACUUAAACUGAAGGAGGUUCAGGUCUUUUGUUCACCAAUAAUUGAAAAAAUUCAGAAUGCAAGUAAACAAUCGUAAGAGUUGAGGUGAAUGUUAAUAGUAAAGUUAUUAAAUUAUGAAGUGUUUAAGGUAAUAUGAGAUAGUCUUUAGCACCACUAUUCCAAUUCAUUUAUACAUUCGUAGUUUUAAUGUUAUUCACUGAUUCUUGUAGUCCUAGCUCUGAUUGCAACAAACCGUGCAAGUAUAUACAGUCAUGAACACGCGUACUGACGUUUUUCCUCAUCUUUUUAAAAGUUUGUUUUAUAUCUUAUAAAGUGGUGGUCUAGUUGAAAAACAUUUGUAAUUUCAUUAAUAUCUUAUUUUAAGAAAAAAUCAUUAAAAGAUUAAUUAAGAACCCAUAUCACAUAUGUAUUGUCUUUUUGCCUCUAAAUGAUAAUGUUUGUGUGUAAAGUACUCUACAUUUCAAAAAGGUAUGAUAUCUUUGAUAUUAUAUACUUGUAUAUACCGGUAAGUUUCUGAUUUACAAUUUUGAUAAAUGUUAAAAUGAUGUGGAUACAAUGUUAAUAAUGUUUUCUUCUGUUGAAUCUUACAAUGAAUUGAGUGAUAAUGCAAGCAAUAUGAGAUACUUCAUUGGAUGGAGAAUAUAUAAUUUUCGAUGACAAGAAGUUUAUUUACCUAUUUGACCUAACCAAUGACUGUUUUUUAUAUGUAAAGUACAAAUGUACUGAAAUCUAGUUACUGUUAUUAGUUGGUUGAAUCAUGUUGUUUUUUAAAGGCCAGCCUUGAUCCUUUGCACUAAACAAGUGCAAAUCGUACACAAAGGCUUUUAUAAGAACAUUGACCCUGUUAGAGCUAAGUUUAUCUGGAGUGUGUUACUGGAUGUCAUUGACCUUUUAAACUCUACGCCUCACAUUCAUUUGGUGACCUUAACUGCACUGGUCCCAUAUUCUCAGAUAACUCAGUUAUGUACAGUAAAUGAAUUACAUGCAAUACUAAAGCACAUUGCUCAUAUUUUAAGCAAUUUUGAAUGUGCAUAUAUAUAUCCUUUAUGUUUUACUCAAUGAGCAUCAUUUAUCAUUGCACGUUUUGGUUUACAAAUGUAACAAGCUAGCUCCAGUGUUAUAUAAUGUUGACUAUUAUUAUUUCUGUCUUCCUAAUCAUCAACUUGAAAUGGAAAUAAUCAUUAAUUGGUGUAAAAUAAUGAAAUUGUCAUUAAAUUUCAUACACAGUU